AUGAAUAAAAUUGAUGAUGAACAUUAGAUGAUCAUAAGAUAGAUUUAAGGAGUAUCUUUCGCAUCUGAAAUGCAUGAUAGAGAUGAAAAGCAAAUUCAUAAAGAUUUGGUUAGAAUUAUAGUAAAGGAAGAUAAAAAGCUGAAAGCCAAAAAAACAUUAUUUAGUCUAGCUAAUACAAUUUUAAUUGUAUUAUUAUUAUAAGAUAUAUCAAGGUAUUAUCAAUAUACAACAUGAUAUCACUUGUAAACAUAGAAGCCUAUCAUUCUUUUAUAUAUUAUGAAGAAUUACAAUAGAAUCCAAAUAAUUUUGGAAUUCUUUAUUACUUAGUGAUAUUGGAUAUUAUUCAUUUCCUAAGAAUAGUUAACUGUUGUAAUGGAAUAUUUGGAGCAGAGUUGAAAUCUCAAAAGAUUGUAACUUUUUAUUUGAUAUUUUCAUCAUUUCUUUUUGUAUCUCGUAGUGUACUAACAAUAAUUACGAUAAUAAGUUAUUCAUAGAUUCACACUUUAUGUUCUUAAUUCUUUACAGAACAAGAUGCAGAUGUUUUAGCUCUUAAUUAUUGUUUAGUGAUGGCAUCAUUUCUAUUUCUGGAUGCACUAUUCACCAUGAUUUGCAUUGUAUAAGGAUCUAAUAAUAGAGAAAACCAGUAAAGUAAUUAAUAAAUACAUUUUAGUUUCUAAUGAACUGAAACAAAAGAUACAAAAGAAAUACUUCAUAUGUUAUGAAAAUGCUUUAAAUUCAUUUUUUUGA